GUUUCUGAUGUUAUAAAGGUGAAGAAAAAAGCAAUGAUUACUGAACUCUCGUUGGAAAAGAAAAUGGAAGAAUUCCGAAGGUUCGUAAACUUUAAUGAAUAAUUGCAUUGGUAAAAUAUAUAAAUUAUUUGAACGAAGUAUGGGUUGUAUCCAAGAGGUUGGUUGAAGAAUAUCACGGCAUGAAAAUAUGGAAAAUAUGUCUACAUUUCGUGCUCUUCAUCUGAAAGUGAGUUGCCAGUAAGUGAGUUUUUCAAAACUAUUCUAUAACAUUUGCAAUUUUUCAGUAAGCAAGCGUUGUACCAAGGACUCAGUUUUCCCUCAAUUAUUGGCUUUGGUGAAAAUGGCGCUGUAAUUCAUUACAGGUGAGUGCAGACUGCUUCCUUUUAUCAUUUCAUCAUAAACACUCCUAUGACCAAAAAGCUAAUUGCUAUAUUGAAUCUUUUUGUCAGAGCAUCAAACGAGACCAACAAACCAGUUACAGAUGAAAGUACUCUUUUGGUUGAUACAGGCUCGCAAUACCUGUAAGAAUCUAAUUGCUGUUUGUUUGUUUGUUUGUUUGUUUGUUUGUUUGUUUGUUUGUUUGUUUGUUUGUUUGUUUGUUUGUUUGUUUGUUUGUUUGUUUGUUUGUUUGUUUGUUUGUUUGUUUGUUUGUUUGUUUGUUUGUUUGUUUGUUUGUUUGUUUGUUUGUUUGUUUGUUUGUUUGUUUGUUUGUUUGUUUGUUUGUUUGUUUGUUUGUUUGUUUCAAAUUGUUUGUUUGUUUGUUUAGCUGUUUAGCUUAGUAUCUUCUUAAUUUCUUUUUCUUAACUUCUUUAACUCUUCCAUACAUAUAUUAUUGUUAACAGCGAUGGUAGCACAGAUGUGACCCGAACUGUUCAUUUUGGAACACCAAGUGCAGAUCAAAAGGUAAGAGAUACUUCACCAUCAUCGCUAUCACGAUCGUCAUUAUCUCCACCGUUAACAUCACCAUCAUCAUCACUAUCACCAUCAUGAUCAUCAUUGCCAUGAUCAUCAUCAUCACUAUCGUGAUCACCAUUACCAUGAUCAUCACCAUCAUCACUACCAUGAUCAUCAUAAUCAUACCAUCACCAUCAUAAUCACACCACUAUCGUCAUCAUCACUGCUAUCACCAAAUAAUGUUCUGUUCUAUUGUUAAUUAGAGUGCUUUCACCCGUGUUUUGAUUGGACAAAUUGAUCUGGCUAUGGCUUUCUUUCCUUAUGGAACAUAUGGUAUGAGAAUAUUUGUGAUGUAUAAACUAACGAACUUUAUUUACACUGGAUAGCUUUAUCAGUUCUAUUAUAUAAACAGUUUUCCCCGAAUGCUACUACAGGAUAAACAGCCGUAGAAAACCCGCGAUGUUUGGUAGAGUGGAAGCACUCUUCUCUCAUGUGACUGAGGUGAAAUUAUAACCAUGCAAUGCGCACGCAGUAACACUGUGUGAGCCAAAACUAAGUUAUGCCAUAUAUAAUUCUAGGGCGUGCGGUCGACAUCUUAGCUCGUCAGGCACUCUUUCGAAAUGGUUGGAAUUAUCGUCAUGGUACAGGUCAUGGAAUUGGGUCAUAUCUCUAUAUUCAUGAAGGUGAAUUUACAAGUACACACAUCAAAACUCGCUGUUUUUCACACUGACUUGAGCAAAUUUAAUGUAUUUCUAUUUUCUAUCCAACAGGUCCUGGCCGUAUAACUAGUGGCUGCCCCGCUGCGUAUGAGAAACCUUUGGAAAUAGGAUUCGUUUUGUCUGACGGUGAGUGCAGGAAUUAACA